UCAGUUCUGCUAUAUGCGAAGCGGAGGAAAAGGCGUGUUUGAUUCUAUAUUUUCAAAAAGAACAAAGUAUUUCUAAAAGAAAACUCCGAAUUGCGAUUGAACAUAAUGGCUUAUUUAAACCACUGUCGCCUGUGCUUGCAAUUGAUUCCAGAUCCACUUACCGCCGCUAAUAUUUACACCAAGCUAUCGGAUGGUAUCCCUCUGGCGGAACAUUUGGACACGCUUUUUGAUGUUUUGGUUGGUGAUUACAGCGAUGGUGACGAUUUGAAGUUGUUGUGUUCGCAAUGUGUGGUAAACAUUACGAAGUGUGCUACGGGAGAAGCUUCAGACGCGGAGGCAGAAGCUAUCGGACAAGGGUUUCUGAGCAUGGAGGGUAAUGCGCGCAUGUUUGUCCGCGGUCAAAAGUUGCAGAAUAGCAGCAGUGGUUUGAAUGCUUCAAUAAAUUCACCUUUCGGAAUGACCACUCCGAAAGCUGGUGUUACGCGUCCAGUUGUUUCUGCAUCAACAGGGAAUAAACGCUCCGCAACGGAUGCAGUAUCUAUGGACUGGCUGCUAAAUCAACCACCAUCUACGAGCGGCACCAGCAGAUAUGACCGCUCACAGAAGAAAAUUGUUGUCCGUGAGAUACAGCUUGAUGAAGACGAUGACGACGAUCGUGAAACUGUGGUCAAGACCAAAUGUCCUUUUUGCAAGAUGACCUACAUACGACAUACAGCUUUGGUCAAACAUAUUGAAACAAUCCAUCCUGAAAAAGACGUGAAGUUUAAGAAAUGCGACUGGUGCGCAAGAAGCUUCCUGAAUGCUGCCGAAUUAAAAGCGCAUCAAUGCCCCAGGGCGAGCAGUGGACGCGGUUGGUACUGGCGUCGUCGAAGCUGGUGGUAAACGUGGCUUGUGUUUGAAAUGUACGUUGAUUUUCUGCGUAAAUUAACCUUUUGAUAUAAGCAUACCUAUGCUUCUUUGUUUGCUGUACGUUACAGCAUUAACCUUGAAUUCAACCAAUGCUAUUUUAAUAUCCAACGUAUAAAAUAAUUACUUUUCGUAAGAAUCUCUCUCGAUAAAGAGCACA